GUGGGAAAAAAAAAGCCAACCGCAACGUCCUGAUUUGAAUACCUCUAUUAUUUAACCUCCACAAUGCGCUCCGUCCUUAUCACUCUUACAGCAGCCAUUGCUGUUCCCAUGGUGGCUGCACUCCCACACCCCGACGACGCCAGCAUCGCAAGGGACAUCCUAUCCCGCAAAGGGUCCUCAUCCAAAUUGGUCGUCCGUGACGAUAUACCGAAGGAAGAUCAGGUCGGGUACUUGGUCUCCAGCCACGGAUGCUUCGCAGCAGGCAGUGGAUUCCCCCAAUGCAGGGACCUGAUCACCAUGGCAUGGGGAAAGGAAGGAGACUAUGGAGACUGCAACGAUCCGUCCGUGAACUCAGCCUUCGAGGACUACUGUGACAUCAAGGGGUCCGACGAGGUGAAGAUCGACACUCCGAUGGGGGAGGGCCUCUUCCAGCCAGACUCGAACUGUGGCAAGGAUGGGAAGCAGGGUCUUAUCAUCACGGCGAUGGAUGAUACUUCGGUGAGCGGGUACGAGUGUGUCAAGGAGGACCACAGUUUCUCGGAGUGGUGUGGAUUCACUUGGUCCAAUAAUGUUCAGUUCAAGUGCACGUAUAAGGGACAGUUCGAUUGAG